AUGCAGGGCCCGGGCGUGUCGUUUCUCCGGAGAUUCACCGCGACGCCCGCGGUGUCGCAGGAGGUCGCGGAGCUCUCCUGCACCAUCAACGUCGAGGGCGACGUGCACUCCUUCACCGUCCCAGAGGGCGCCAGAAUCCUCCCCACUGCCCUAUCCCUCGGUGUCCCCGUGCCCCACGACUGCACUGACGGCAACUGCCUCACGUGCCUCUGCCGCGUCGUCACCGGGAGCGUCGACUGCCAGGGUGGCGUGCUGGACGACGACGCGCUCGAGCGCGGCUACACGCUGCUGUGCCAGUCGGUGCUCGAGUCGGACGUGGAGUUGGAUCACGUGUCGAAGGCAGAGCUUUACAGCGACAUGGCAGAACAGGCCGCGGACCUCGACGAGCUCGACUUCGACUUCGGCGGCGGGGACGAGGACGGGGACGAGGACGGGGACGCGGCCGAGGAGGACGGCAAGCCGUGA